AUACAAACUUUGACUUGUGAAAAACAAAUCAAGAAAGAUCACUAAAAUUGAACCUAAUAUUUAAUGGCUUCCUUAGUUCUUUGUUUAGUCAGUUUUGCAUUUUGCUUUUUGCAUUAUAGUUUGGCUUCUAAUAAUUUCAAUCAAGAUUUUGAUGUUACAUGGGGAGAUGGUAGGGCAAAAGUUUUAAACAAUGGCAAACUUCUUACUCUUUCCCUUGACAAAGUCUCUGGCUCUGGUGUUAAAUCCAAGAAAGAAUAUUUGUUUGGAAGGAUUGAUAUGCAACUUAAGCUCGUGCGUGGAAAUUCAGCUGGUACAGUUACUACAUAUUAUUUAUCAUCACAAGGGUCAACACAUGAUGAGAUAGAUUUUGAAUUCUUGGGAAACCUUAGUGGAGAUCCUUAUAUUGUUCAUACAAAUGUGUAUACUCAAGGCAAAGGUGACAAGGAACAACAAUUCUACUUAUGGUUUGAUCCCACUGCUGAUUUUCAUACAUACUCCAUUCUAUGGAAUCCACAAACAAUUAUAUUUUAUGUGGAUAGCACACCAAUAAGAGUGUUCAAAAACAUGAAGUCAAGUGGAGUACCUAUGAGAGUCUAUGCAAGCCUAUGGAAUGCAGAUGAUUGGGCCACAAGGGGUGGCCUUAUUAAAACAAAUUGGUCCAAUGCUCCAUUCAUUGCUUCUUUUAGAAAUUUCAAAGACAAUAAUGCUUGUAUUUGGGAAUUUGGAAAAUCCUCAUGCACAAAUUCAACAAAGUCAUGGUUCUCUCAAGAACUUGAUUCUACAAGCCAAGCUAGGUUACAAUGGGUGCAAAAGAACUAUAUGGUUUAUAAUUAUUGUAAUGAUAUCAAUAGGUUCCCUCAGGGGCUUCCUCUAGAGUGCACUUUCAACUCUACGACUAGUUAAAUCUAGUUUUUCAGACUCUUUUAAAAUG